AUGGCCACACCAACCGCCCUGCCGCCCCUCCCCUUCAACCCGUCCAGGGCCCGCUCGUACCUCCUCCGCCUGCCGCUCUUUACCCGUCUGGUCCUGCUGGCGGCCCUGGUGUUCUGGCUCCUGGAGCUGCAGACGGUAUGGAGCGUGGUACAAUGGGGGGCGUUGACGCCCAAUGAGAUCAAUUUGGGAACGAUGUACCGACUCAAUACGUACCCGCUGAUCCACGUGGGCUUUUUCCAUUUUAUUUUGAACGUGGUGGCCCUCACGCCGCUGCUGGAGCGCUUCGAGGCGGAGCAUGGUACUUUGACGGCGGUCGCGCUGUUUAUUGGACCGCUUUCGACCCUUCCGGCUGGUCUGUACCUUCUGAUUGAAAAGGGUAUCUUUAACCGGAAUGCCUCCGUUGUGGGAGCCAGUGUCUGGGUAUUCCUUCUCCUCGCCUCCGAGGCGAUCAGGACCUUCAAGUCCCACCCGUACUUUAGCCUUGGGUCAACCAAGAUCCCGACUUGGACGUCUCCCCUGUUCGUCUGUGCCGUCGUUUCCGCCCUCGUGCCGAACACGAGCUUCCUUGGCCACAUGUGUGCCAUUGCCGUUGGGUAUCUGCUCGGUCUGGGCUACCUCAAGGUCUUCGUCCCCCCGGAGAAGAUCCUCCGAUGGAUCGAAGGCAAGCUCAACCUCCUCGGCCGUCUGCCACACUACGUCUCGGUGGAUCAGAAGACAUUCGGUCGCUACGGGGUGCUCCCUACCUCGGCGCCCGUGGGCGACCGACCGCACCAGAGCGCCGUCGUACCUCCGCGGUCUGUUGUCCACUUGCAGAUCAUCAACAACAUCAACUGGGUGUAUUUCCCCGACCGGCACCAGCACCAAUGCAGGGAAGUCACUGACCUCAUGGCUCUUAAAUCCGCAAUCCGCAAACUGCGGAGCAACCCCCAAUUCCUCUACGUGCGCCUCCCCUACCUCCUCUCGUUCCUGUGCAUCGUCGCCGGCGUCGUCUGGCUCGCCCUCCUCCCCCUCGACGACUACUCCCGCCGAACGUACAUCUCCGAGAACGCCCUGCUCCCGGGCCAGGUCCACGCCUACUUCUCCGGCAGCGAACAGAACGUGUUUCGCGGGUAUAAGAAGGAGAUUGAGAGUUUGCUUCCUGCUUCUUAUCAUGAGGUGCAGGAGUCGGGUGUGAGGGAUGCGGAGUUUACACCGGUUGUAUCCGAUAAGAUCCAGUCGAUUCUACGAGCAGCGGGCUUGAAGGUCGCUACGCAGAACUACGAAUACUCCUCGUCGGGGAUCACGCAUCAGGGGCAGAAUACCUACGCUAUUAUUAACGCGCCGCGCGGAGAUGCUACCGAGGCGAUUGUGCUUGUUGCGGCUUGGAAGACGGCUGAUGGGGAGCUGAAUCUUAAUGGGGUUACGCUUGCGUUGACGCUGGCGAGGUAUUUCAAACGCUGGUCUCUAUGGUCAAAGGAUAUCAUCUUCGUCUUCCCCCCCGACAGUAAAUCAGGCACGCAGGCAUGGAUCGACGCCUACCAUGACAUGCAGCCGGCGUCCAUCCAGCCGCUACCGCUGAAGAGCGGUGCACUGCAAGGCGGCCUGGUAAUCGAAUACCCCUUCGACCACCGAUUCGAGUCGAUACACAUCGUCUACGACGGCGUCAACGGCCAGCUACCGAACCUCGACCUAUUCAACACAGCCGUCGCCAUCGCUGGCGGCCAAAUGGGCAUCGGCGCAAGCCUACAGGAAAUGUGGGACCACAAGAACGACUACCGCGCCCGUCUCGAGACCAUCCUCCGCGGAAUGCUCAAGCAGGGCCUCGGGUACGCCACCGGCGCUCACAGCAGCUUCAUGCCGUAUCAUAUCGAUGCGAUCACGUUGCAGCCCAAGGGCGAGGGCUGGCAGGAUGAGAUGGCUCUAGGCCGUACGGUGGAGUCUCUCUGUCGCAGUUUGAAUAACCUGUUGGAGCAUCUCCACCAGAGCUUCUUCUUCUAUCUGCUUAUGCAUACUAAUCGCUUUGUGAGUAUUGGGACUUAUUUGCCUAGUGCGAUGCUCGUUGCUGGGAACUUUACUAUCAUGGCUAUUGCUUUGUGGAUGCGUACGGGGUACAAGUCGCGAGCGGCCGUCAAGUCUAGUGAUGAGCAGUCUAGCGAUGGAAAGCCCAGUGGUGAAAAGCCCAGCGAUGAAAAGUCCGAAGUAGAGCAGAAGUCCUCACAGACCGAGACAAAAGACGCAACUGGCACCACAGAGCGACAGCUCGCACUCCCACUCUCCCUCGUCGUGGGCCUCCACCUGCUAGGCCUCAUCCCGCUCUACACCUUCAACAACCUAUCCUACAAGUACUACACACCAGCAACAUACGCCUACAUCCUAGCAGACAUUCUCCUCCCAAUCUUCCUCUCCGCCCUCCUCACCUCCUCCUCAACCAAUACCACCACAAACCCCCACCAACACCACCUCAUCAAAUCCUUCUCCCUCCUCCCCCUCGGCCUCUUCCUCUCCACCCUCGCCACCCUCAACUUCUCCCUCUCAUUCAUAAUCGGCCUCCUCUGCACCCCCCUCACCUUCAUCCACCGCAUCCCCAAAACCGCCUCAAUCCCAGCUCCCCUCCGCUACGCCCUAGCCCUAACAGGCCUCGUCCUCCUCAAUCUUCUCUCCCCGCCUGUCGUCCUCCUAGCUGCCUGCACGUACUCCGGAACGUCAGUCGAGACGGUCCUCACGCAGGCUGCGUUCGGGUGGGAUGUGUGGGGCAUGUGGACGCAGGUUGUUGUUUGGUGUGUUUGGUGGCCGGCUUGGUUGAGUGGGGGGGCUUUGCUGGGGUGUUCUUUCUUCUAA